UUCAAAAAGAGGCCAAAGCGGAAAGCAGCGUCAAUAAUGGCUCAAAAGAUCCAACUGAUUUCCAGUACUUGGGCUUUCAGAUGCAGCUUUCAGUCCCUUGUGGCUCUGCUGAUGGCUAUCUUAGUGGUCGGAGCAGUUUACUUAACCGGAGAGAGCGAGCAGUUACUGGAAGUAGGAGGUGGAGAAGAGCAAGUAACACCUCCAAGUAAUAACAAUGAGACAAGCUUGUCUCGCUGCGAUUUGUUCUCAGGAAAAUGGGUUUUCGAUAACACGUCCUACCCUCUCUACAAAGAGCAACAGUGCACUUUCAUGUCAGACCAAUUAGCUUGCCACAAGUUUGGAAGAAAGGACUUGAGCUACCAGAACUGGAGGUGGCAGCCUCACCACUGUGAUCUCCCAAGGUUCAAUGCCACAGCAUUGCUAGAGAGGCUCAGGAAUAAAAGGCUUGUGUUUGUUGGAGAUUCUUUGAAUAGGGGCCAAUGGGUCUCAAUGGUCUGCUUGGUUGAGACUUCAAUUGAUGCGAGACUAAAGUCCAUGCACACCAGUGGCUCCUUGAUCACCUUCAAGGCUUUGGAAUACAAUGCAUCAAUCGAGUUCUAUUGGGCUCCAUUGCUAGUGGAAUCCAACUCUGACGAUCCAGUGAAGCACCGGUUACCAGAUCGUAUAGUUAGGGCUCAUGCCAUUGAAAAGCAUGCAAGACAUUGGACUAAUGCAGACAUAAUCGUAUUCAACUCAUACCUUUGGUGGAGAAGGCCCCAUUUGAAGGUCCUGUGGGGAUCAUUUGAAAGCCCAGAUGGAAUCUACAAGGAAGUUGGGAUGUUAAGAAGCUAUGAGUUGGCUUUAAAGACAUGGUCGGAUUGGCUAGAUAUUCAUGUCAACCAUAAUAAAACUGAGCUGUUCUUCGUUAGUAUGUCACCAACUCAUGAAAGAGCUGAAGAAUGGGGUGGGGCUACAGGGCAGAAUUGCUACAAUGAAACAAAUUUGAUCUUGAAAGAGGGAUACUGGGGAAGUGGAUCUGAUGCUAAGAUGAUGAGCAUAGUGGAGGAGAUGAUUAGUGGAUUGGAAAGGAGAGGUCUGAAAGUGCAAAUGUUAAAUAUAACACAACUUUCAGAGUACAGGAAAGAGGGUCACCCAUCAAUAAAUAGGAAGCAAUGGGAACCCUUAACUGAAGAGCAAAUGUCAAAUCCCAGUAGCUAUGCAGACUGCAUACAUUGGUGCCUUCCAGGGGUUCCAGAUGUUUGGAAUGAGCUUCUCUAUGCCCAUAUUUUCCAUUAUGAUAAUUUCACCAAAGAAAAAGAGACCCUUUAGCACCUCUCAAGGUGGACAUUAAUAAUAA